AUGCGCUGUGGGAAUGUGUUGAUCUUGUCUCGUGCUAGGGCACAAGUAUACCUAGGUGCCCUCCGCCCUCCCUCCAACCCUCCCAUCACACCACCCAGCACUUCCUCCCGCCCCCUAUCCUCCUACACAACCGCCGAGCCCCGCAUCCAUCGAGCCUCGACGCCGGAAUGCUACAACACGCAACAAAACGCCGACGAGGUAGUCACGCAAUACGCCGUAGCCAGGGAGGUAGCCGAGACAGCUAGCAUGCUAGUCGAGGUGAACAACGAGGUGUUUGAGUAUGAGAAGGCUAGGGAGGGAGCGGUCAAACUAGGACAGAAGGACAGGGAAGUAAUGGACAGGUUGCGGGAGAAGGUUCAGGCGCUGGGGGCGUCGGGCGGGCGUCGAGGCCGGGCUGGACCGAUGGUAGGGUUGCCGUGUCGAGGCGGUGGUUUGAUUGAUGGACCGGGGACAGCGGCGUUGGCGUGCGCUGGAUGCUAAGCUCUCGCUGCUCUCUCGUCUCUGUGACCUCAUCCGGGACCUUCUCCAUACAUUUGUAUUCCCAUGUCAACGUUUCGAC